AGAUGCAGAAUAUUCAUUUAACAAAGAAUCUAAAUAUAGAAUACACUUAAUCUUAAUAUGCAACUUAAAUAUCAAUACCUGUUUAUCUUAAUAAAUUACUGAGCUAUAUUAAUAAUCAUUUGAUUCAGAAAAGUAUUAAUAUAAGGUGGAUUUUAACGAAAAGGAACUAUCAAAUACUGAUAAAUAUCUCUUAAACAAAAAAUUCGUCAUAUCAUGAGUGAUUCACAAUUUAAAACCGUAGCUAUAGCCGGAGGCACGGGUACUUUGGGUUAUGCUAUCGCUGAGGCAUUCUUGAAUGAUGGAUCUUAUAACGUGAAAAUUCUUCGAAGAAAACCAGAAAACGAAAAUGAAAAGGCUAAAUUGUUAGCUUCCAAGGGUGCAGAAAUUGUAUAUGCGGAUUAUAGUCAACAUGAUGAUCUUGUCAAGGCUCUUAAAGGAACCGAUGUUGUUGUCAGCACUUUAAAUUUUGAUCCUAAAGGCGCGGGUUUUUAUGAUUCACAAGCUCCACUGUUAGCCGCUGCUAAAGAUGCCUCUGUGAAGAGGUUCAUCCCGUCUGAAUAUGGCGCAAAGUUUAAAACUGGAACUCAUGUUCUCAUUGACGAUAAAAUCAAAUUUGGAGAAGAAGUAGAAAAAAGUGGACUUGAGUAUACAUACAUCUAUGUUGGAUUAUUUCAAGAAUACUUUGGUUGGUUGGGAUAUGAUAUUAAAAAUAAGAAAGCUACUUUCUAUGAUGAUGGUAGCAAAAUAUUUCCCACCACUUCUUUGCAUGAUAUUGGAAAAUAUACCGUAGAGACACUCAAAAUACCAGAGGCUCGUAACGGUCAUAUUAAUGUCGCUGGCGCGAACUUGUCGUUAAAUGAGUAUCUUGAAAUAUUUGAAAAAGUUACCGGUUCAAAAUGGGAAGUAGUUGUUGAUAAAGAUGUAAAAAAUCGAUUCAAAAACAAGAUCGAUCCAGUUCCCUCAUUCUUGGAGGAUUUCAAGGCUACCAUUGUGCAAGAAGGGCAGCUCGGAAAGUUCGAUAAUGAUAAAUUUAGUUUCACUCCUAAACCUGUUACCGAAGUCAUUGAAGAACUCGUUAAACAAGCAUCAUAAUUUAACGUAUCGGUUCUUCAAAUAAUCAAAUAAUAUUCAAAUUUUUAUUAUAAAAUUCGUUGAAUGCAUUAUAUUGUAAUCUCGGUUCGAAAUCUUUUAUGUCUUGAAAUUUUCUUUUUAAUAAAUAAUGGAGUUAUUUGUAAUAAUUUUAGUGUCCUCGCUUUAAAUACUUUUUGAUGAUCAUUUUUUAUCAUUGUAAAAAAUCGUUAAU